AUGUAGAUUGUAGUGUUUUACAAUCAGGGUGGGCGGAAGGUUGUAUUGCUAACAGAAGAGAAAUUUAUUCAUAUAAGAAAUAUCAUGCCCUCUGUGAAUUAGUGCUCGUUAUGAGAUGUGACAAGUAUUUUAAAGCAAUUUCGAAUGCCUAAAGCGAUUCAAAUUAGGCACUAUUGAGGAACUGACUUCCAUAGUCCACUCUGAUUCUGUAUUGGCCGUCGCUGACUUCCUGGCCUUUCGCGUCGACUCUACAUAAAGCAGUUAUGUAUAUAAGGGCGUGAGAGCAGGGCGGCGCGGCAUGUGGCUCGCGUCGGGCGCGGUGCGGCGCUCGCACGCGCUGGCGCUGGCCGCCCUCGGCGCGCUGCUGCUGCUGCUGCUCGCGGCGCGCGUCCCUCCGGCCCCCGCGCCGCCGCGCCCCGCACCGCUCGCGCCCGCGCCCGCGCCCCCCGCGCCCUCCGUGCCGCGCGCCAACACCACCGCCGUCGUCGCCGCCGCCGCUGCUACGUCGCGCGCCACCCCGCGCCCCACCACACGCUCCACCGCACGCCCGACCCCGCGCCCCACCCCGGGCGUGGUGCUGACGCGCGACCUGUACGAGGCGGGGCACGAGAAGCCGCACCCCGAGCUGUGCCCCGCGCUGGGCGCCAAGGUGCAGCUGGUGGUGCUGGUGACGUCGGCGCCGGGGCACAGCGCGGCGCGCGACGCCGUGCGGCUGACGUGGGGGCACUACGCGGCGCGGCGCGACGUGGCGUUCGGCUUCGUGCUGGGCGCGCCGCCGGCCGAGCUGCGCGCCGCCGUGGACGCGGAGGACGCGCUGUACGGCGACCUGAUCGUGGGCCGCUUCGUGGACUCGUACUCGAACCUGACGCUGAAGACGCUGUCGAUGCUGGAGUGGGUGGACACGUACUGCCCGCGCGCGCCGCGCCUGCUCAAGACGGACGACGACAUGUUCAUCAACAUCCCGCGCCUGCUGCGCUUCGCCGCCGCGCGCGCCAACGCCACCAACACCAUAUGGGGCAAGGUAAUAAAGAAGUCGCUGCCGAAGCGCACGAGCAAGUCGAAGUACUACGUGUCGCCGGCGCAGUUCCCGGGCAAGGUGUUCCCGGACUUCGCGACCGGGCCCGCGUACCUGGUGACGAGCGACGCGGCGCGCGCGCUGCUGGCGGCCGCGCCGGCCGAGCGCUACCUGCGGCUGGAGGACGUGUUCGUGACGGGCGUGCUGGCGGCCAAGCGCCGCGUGCGCCGCCAGCACGCGCCCGAGUUCCUCAACAAGAAGGUGGCCGCGCACCCGUGCGCCGUGCAGCGCGCCGUCUCCAUCCACAUGGUGCAGUUCCACGAGCAGUUCGACCUGUGGCGCAAGCUGCUCGACGGCAAGACCAAGUGCGCCAGCUAGCCGCGCUCCCCCCGCUCCCUCCGCCCCCUCCGCCCCCUCCGCUCCCUCCGCUCCGGCUCGA